ACAGAUUUUGCCAGCAGCCACAAAGCAUGGCCCUUUGGUAAUAGAAUAGCCAAUGUAAUUUGACACUUCAACUUGCUGUGCUCUCUGCUAGUUGAUUCACUUACUCACCCACUAACAUUGAGCUCCUUUUCACUGUCUGUGGGCAAGGGGAAAAAAAAAGGGGGGGGAAGAAGGAAGAAAAAAGAAAGCAGGGGGAGAAGGAAGAAAGGAGGGGAAUAAACAAAAUUAUAUAUUUAAAAAUACCCGAGUAGAGCUGCAAAUCAGUUGGGGAAAGAGGAUUUUGCCUGCCUUCUUCCUUAUUAUUUUGCUGCUGCAAGGCUGCUUUGCAAUCCGUAGGAAAAUGGAUCUUGUUAUGUGAGGGCAUUGAGGAAACAGCCCCCAGCUACUGAGAGGAAGAAAGGCCAGUGGAAAAUAUUCAGAUCGAGGGAUUUUAAUGGCUUUCAGGUAGAAGAAAGUGGAGACAAUCAAAAUGAAUUCUAUGGACAGGCACAUACAGCAGACCAAUGACCGGCUGCAGUGCAUAAAACAGCACUUACAGAACCCAGCAAACUUCCAUAAUGCAGCAACAGAGCUCCUGGACUGGUGUGGAGACCCCAGAGCCUUCCAGAGACCGUUUGAGCAGAGCCUGAUGGGUUGUUUGACGGUGGUUAGUCGAGUGGCAGCUCAGCAAGGAUUUGACUUGGAUCUUGGAUACAGGCUACUGGCAGUAUGUGCAGCCAACAGGGACAAAUUCACUCCAAAAUCAGCUGCACUGCUUUCAUCGUGGUGUGAGGAGCUGGGACGGCUCUUGCUGCUUCGCCACCAGAAAAGCCGGCAGAACGAUCCUCCCGGGAAGCUCCCCAUGCAACCCCCCAUGAACUCUAUGAGCUCCAUGAAACCCACCCUCUCUCACAGUGAUGGGUCUUUCCCUUAUGAUUCUGUUCCCUGGCAACAAAAUACCAACCAGCCUCCAGGCUCUUUAUCAGUGGUCACCACAGUAUGGGGUGUGACUAACACCUCUCAAAGCCAGGUGCUGGGAAAUCCAAUGGCAAAUGCUAACAACCCUAUGAACCCAGCAGGAAAUCCCAUGGCUUCAGGGAUGACAACCAGCAACCCUGGAAUCAAUUCCCCUCAGUUUGCUGGACAGCAGCAACAAUUUUCAGCCAAGGCAGGCUCCACUCAGCCAUACAUACAGCAGGGCAUGUAUGGGCGACCCAAUUAUCCUGGAAGUGGAGGCUUUGGUGGCAGUUAUCCUGGAGGCCCAAAUACCCCUGCAGGAAUGGGGAUUCCCCCCCACACGAGGCCACCAGCUGAUUUCACCCAGCCAGCUGCAGCUGCCGCCGCUGCUGCAGUUGCAGCUGCAGCUGCUACAGCAACAGCUACAGCUACAGCCACUGUGGCAGCCCUUCAGGAAACACAGAAUAAAGACAUGAACCAGUAUGGACCGGUUUGUUCCUCUUUCCAGAUGGGUCCAACUCAGGCUUACAACAACCAGUUUAUGAACCAGCCUGGUCCUCGUGGUCCUGCUUCUAUGCCAGGCAACAUGAACCCAGCAAGCAUGGGAGCCGGAAUGACACCUUCCAGCAUGAGCGGGCCACCCAUGGGCAUGAACCAGCCUCGGCCUCCUGGAAUGAGCCCCUUCAGCACCCACGGGCAGAGGAUGCCUCAGCAGGCCUAUCCAGGCCCACGCCCCCAGUCUUUGCCUAUACAGGGCAUAAAGAGACCAUACCCAGGAGAGCCGAAUUAUGGAAACCAGCAGUAUGGACCAAAUAGCCAGUUUCCAAACCAGCCUGGUCAGUACCCCACUCCCAACCCUCCAAGACCCCUUACAUCUCCCAACUAUCCUGGACAGAGGAUGCCAAGCCAGCAAAACACAGGGCAGUACCCUCCUCCAACAGUCAACAUGGGGCAGUAUUACAAGCCAUCAAGGCCUGUACCUGUGGCAAAUUACCCUCAUUCACCUGUUCCAGGAAACCCCACGCCACCCAUGACACCAGGGAGCAAUAUUCCUCCAUACCUGUCACCUAACCAGGAUGUCAAACCACCAUUCCCACCUGACAUUAAACCAAAUAUCAAUGCUUUACCACCGCCUCCAAAUGCUAAAGGGAAAGUUCACACUUUCUCUCCCUCUUCGAUCCCAGCCAACCACAACGAUGAGCUGCGCCUGACGUUCCCUGUGAGGGAUGGGGUUGUCCUGGAGCCCUUCCGGCUGGAGCACAACCUGGCAGUCAGUAACCACGUCUUUCACCUACGGCCAACUGUGCACCAGACACUGAUGUGGAGGUCUGACUUGGAAUUGCAGUUUAAGUGCUAUCACCAUGAAGACAGACAAAUGAACACGAACUGGCCAGCUUCAGUCCAGGUCAGCGUUAAUGCAACCCCACUUACCAUCGAACGUGGUGACAACAAGACAUCUCAUAAACCUCUGCACCUAAAGCACGUCUGCCAGCCAGGGAGAAACACGAUUCAGAUUACAGUCACCGCCUGUUGUUGCUCACACUUGUUCGUGUUGCAGUUGGUGCACCGGCCAUCGGUUCGCUCCGUACUUCAAGGUCUACUAAAGAAACGCCUCCUCCCAGCAGAGCACUGUAUCACUAAGAUCAAGAGGAACUUCAGCAGCGUAGCAGCUUCCUCUGGCAAUGCGACACUAAAUGGGGAAGAUGGAGUAGAGCAGACUGCUAUUAAAGUGUCUCUGAAGUGUCCGAUCACAUUCCGGCGGAUCCAGCUCCCGGCCAGGGGGCACGAUUGCAAGCAUGUGCAAUGCUUUGAUCUGGAAUCUUACUUGCAACUGAACUGUGAAAGAGGAACUUGGCGGUGUCCAGUAUGCAAUAAAACUGCUCUCUUGGAGGGCUUGGAGGUUGACCAGUAUAUGUGGGGUAUUCUGAACGCCAUACAAAACUCCGAGUUUGAAGAAGUUACCAUUGAUCCAACUUGCAGUUGGAGGCCGGUCCCUAUAAAGUCAGAUAUUCACAUCAAAGAUGACCCAGAUGGCAUUCCCUCAAAAAGAUUUAAGACCAUGAGUCCAAGCCAGAUGAUCAUGCCAAAUGUAAUGGAGAUGAUUGCAGCUUUGGGUCCUGGCCCGUCACCUUACCCAUCCCUACCCCCUCCUCCAGGAGGCAACAACUCCACUGAAUACGGUAACCAAGGCAACAGUUACCAAGGUCAUGGCAAUUUUGACUUCCCGCAUGGGAAUCCCGGUGGCACAUCUAUGAAUGACUUCAUGCAUGGGCCACAGCUGUCACAUCCCCCAGACAUGCCGAGCAGCAUGGCAGCUCUCGACAAACCUCUCAGUCACCCCAUGCAGGAAUCUAUCCCUCAUCCCGGCAGCACUGAUCAGUCCCAUACUUCCAUGCAGCAAGGUUUGCACGUCCCUCACCCCAGCAGCCAGUCAGGGCAGCCAUUACAUCACAGCGGGCCUCCUACCCAGCAGUCCCGGCAGCCGCCCCCGGCCGCUUCUAGCAACCAUCCACACAGUGACCUGACCUUUAACCCCUCCUCAGCCUUAGAGGGUCAGGCUGGUGGACAGGGAGCACCCGACAUGCCGGAGCCCUCGCUGGAUCUGCUUCCAGAACUCACAAAUCCAGAUGAGCUGCUUUCAUACCUGGAUCCUCCUGAUUUGCCAAGCAAUAGCAAUGAUGACCUUCUGUCUCUCUUUGAGAACAACUGAAACCAUAUGUAUUCUCCCAUCUUUUUCACUUGUUCACACGUGUGUGGCUGCACAGCGAGGAAUCUUAACACUCCUUUUCCACAUGAGAAGAAAAAAAACCUCACAACUUGAUCCAAUGGUGCACUCCCUGCUUUCUUCAUCUCAGAACUGCUUUUGUUAGCUUCGAAGACUGCGAAAGUGAUGGGAGAAAAUAAUACAAAAGUUAAAUAAAUGCAGUAAUCUCCGAGUCUGCCAUGCUACAUGUGACAAAGAAGCAUAGACAGUUGUGCAGCUAUUGGAAACCCCAUUUGGUGUUCAUCCUCUAGAGAGAGAGUUCUGUGAUAAACAUAGUGUGAAGUAUCUUGGCAAAACCGAAUCUUGGCAAGGGAAGAAAAAUCAACAGAAUGGAACUGUCUUUACUUGACCUGUCUCAGAGUGUCUUUACAAUGCUUGUUCUUCCAUUUUUUUGAAACUGUAACUCCCUCUACCCCACCUCUCCUCUGCCCCCCUCCAGCCAUGGGUUUGCCGUGGAAAGAUUGCCCUGGCCACAUGCAAAACUAAAAAAAGCCACCUACAAAGCUCAAUAAAGCACAAAUCCUACAGUCAAGUGGCAGAGUUAGGGAAGACACACAGGCCUGUCAGAGGGAGCCAGCAGUUUAGCUAAUGAGACUUCAGUAACAGGGUCCUGAGAUCUUCAGGCCGCAGCCAUGGGUGUCGGGAUUUCUGCAAGCACAGGGAUCUCUUAACCACCUCUUUGCAGAGGAUUCCUCUGGCCCAGCACACAGAUUGGAAGCACCCUGGAAAAAAUUUUUAAAAGUUUGCAAUGUUUAGGGAUUUUUGUGAUUUGGUUUCAAAUCAGUACCGUUUCUGGCUGUGUUAACAUCCAGCUGUAGAGAUUGCUGGAAUAGAUCUUCUUGCCAUGUAUGCCAUACAUAAUGGAAAAGAGAGGGGGGAGGGAUGCAAACCAAACUGUUCCUGAUUAUUACCUACAGCCUUCGGUGCCCCAAGAGUUUGUGUCACUGUCUGUACUGCACAAUGCAUAGUAAGACAAACUGGGUUGAAGGCAGCGAGGAAAUCAUUGCAGGAUGGAGGGAGAGUAACAUCAUUAUCUGCAUAAUUAUUUUUAAUAAUCAGCUUGAGAAGGGGCAUUGACAUUGGACAGACGUCUUACAGCUUCAAUUUAGUUUUGCUUUGCAUUCUGUUUUUUGUGACUGUUACAGAUACUUCAGCCUUUUCCUUUUCUCCUUCAGUUUCUUUUUUUAAACUUUGGCUGCUGGGAUGAGCUCUUCUGAAGGACCGAGUGUGGGGAGAAUCAGUACCUGUCAGUAGAUUGCUACUGCCCUCCAGAGACCCUGCUGCCACAAUUACUGUCUUGCCCCUGUGAUCUUUGCUUCUCGUGUGGUUGCUGCUCCUGCAUGAGCUUCCUAUUGCUUCUGUGCCCAUUUCUGUGCUCUUUGUCUCUCUCUCUCUCUCUCUCUCUCUCUCUCUCUCUCUCUCUCUCUCUCUCUCUCUCUCUUAUAAAUGAUGUACAGUAGCUGUGUAAGAAGUGCAUGUGUGCCAACUUUGCCCUCGUGGUGCAACAUUUCAGCUUUUGCCCACUGUACAGUUAUUGGUUUUGUUUCUUUUGAUACUAAAGCAUAUUUGACCCUACUCCUUUUCCUCUUCCCAAAUCCAAUCAAACACCCUUCGUUUGCUCGCCACAAUGCAUUUUAAACUGAAGUGCCAGGCAAAAUUUUGUUUGUUCCUGUCAGUUUGACUAGAUAGCUUCCUAGCCCUCUGUGUUUAGUUUGCAAUGCUGUAAAUGGCAUGCUCUGUGCUUACGACUCUGGAUUUGCUUUCCUCACCAAAGUCAUAUUUGUCAAUUCUCUGCAUUUUUUGUUUUAUUUUGCUCUUUUUGUUAUCGUUUCCCACUACAGCUGUACAUGCGUUGUGGUAUAUAUAUGCUAGUCAGCAGCACCUUGCUGUAGAUAUUAAAGGAAAUGGCGGUUUAGUUCUUUUAUUUUCCAGUAGGAGUAUUGAAUCUGUCAAACGUAUUAUGUAGAAAUGGUCCCACACUUAUAUUUUUCCUCUUUCAAGUUUUUUUAAGAAAGGCGCUGUUCAUUAUGCAAAAUCAAUUAUUUUAAGAAUUGCUAUUGUAAAUAUCUUUGUGAAUAUUUUAGUAUCGUCUUUGAUAAUAUUCAACAUUUUCAUGAUCUGGUUAUACUUUUGCUGGUGUUUUUAAAUACCUUGUCUGAAGAAAAAUAUGGGUCCUUUUUUAAAAAAGAAAAUUGAGGGUUCUUUAACAGAAUAAGGGAGUUGGGUUUUGGUUUUUUUUCCCCCCUAUUUUCUUUUGGUAAGUUAGCCCAAAUUUCAUAUCCAUUUAUGUGAUGAAUGAAUUAAUACAUCAGGCAGUACCUGGAUAAUCAGGGCCCAGCUCUGUCAUGGAAACAUAACUGUGUUUGCCUAGGGAAAAAGUGAUUGCCUAGGGAAAAAGAAACCCUAACUGAUCGACCUCUUCGUUGACUGUGGGUGAUCGUGAGCUGGUAAUGGCAGAGUUCGUUCGUUUGCCCAAGUGAGCAGAACAUGUAGGACCAGCUGUCUGACCAGGUGAAGAUGCACUAAGGCAAGCAGCAAAUCUGUAUGGUACCAUAUUUAUAUCGCUAUACCGGAGCUCCGGUCUCUGAAACUGGGGCUAAGACACUUAGGGAUGUUGGUGGGUGGGGGAGGGAAACAGUAUAGUAUAUUUUAUUCUGCUUAGAAGUGUCUUUUUUCUUAUGUAGGCUUGACAUACAUAAGACAACCUGUAGAGGAUCUCUGCAGAAUAUUAAAGAUACCUUGGUGUAAUACAUGGUAAUAUGGUUGUGGUGUGGUGCUGCUAUCACACGAUUCCUAGGAAAGACCGUUGUUCAGUUAUGGAUACGGAUGUGUUUUGUAGCCAUUUUACUGUAGUAGUUUCCCCCUGUUUUUUUGCUGCAUUUUUAAUAUAAAUCUGGAAGUCAUGUGCAGAGGUGGCUAAUGAUAAACUGACUUUAUGCCCUUAGAAUUAGUUUUUUUCUAUUUGGGGGGUAAGUUCCUUAAACCAUAGGUUUGGGAAUAAAGAAGAUUUCUCACCAUUAGUUGGAACUGGUUGCUUUGAUUUUUUUUUAAUUGAUUCUGUUUAAUGUUCCAUUCUCCACUGAUUCCUGAGCAUUUAAGUUAGUCACCUAAAAUUAAUUUUCUCUUAAACACAAUAUUAGUAUUUUAAGCCAGGUAUGUUAAGGAUUGACCUUUUGCUAACUGGUAGUAUUUAAAAUGUGUCAUUUAAAAGUACCUGUUGGAAAGCAUAAAGGGAAAAAAAGCCCCGUAGAUAUUAGCAUUAUGUUUGGAGCAGUGUUGGCAUCUGCUUUGUACAGUAAUAGAUAAUUAAAGCGGACAGUUGACAUCUUUAAACUUACAGAAACAUUUGGUUUCUAAUCAGAACUUAAAAAAAGAAAGUACAAUUUUUACCCAUCACCCAAAUGUUGGACAUUUGAGACAGUUUUUAAAUUUCUCUGUCAGCUAAAAUCAGGUACUGUAUAGUGAAGUCAGUAUGAAAAAGCUUCUGAAAAUUUAGUUAUUUUUUUAUCUGUUCACUGCCGUAUUAAAGUUUAGAGGAAAAAAACCUAGCAAAUAGGGUAAUCACAGUCAUUUCUUUUAAAGCUUAAUUAUUAUAUGAGAUUCCAGUAGUAUUUUUCUUCUUUUUUUGUUUGUUUACCUUUUAAUCGUUUCCCUAUGGAAGUUCAUCUGGGAAAGAACCCACAGAGAUCUACAGUUCUGCUGCCAAGACAUUAUUAUAGGACUGAGAGUACACGCCAGUGUCUGCAGCAGAGACUCAAGGGACAGCUGUACAUAUGUAAAUGACAAAUAGAGACAUGUUAACAGAAAUUCAUUUUCCUUGGAAUGUGCAUUGUUUUUAUUUCGCAGGAAAAAAAUAAAAAAAAGCUUGAAGCUCCAUCUUAUGUGGAAAAUGAAUCCUGUUUGUUAGCGUUUGUGGAGUCUCAGCAUUUGUUCCACUUUCACUUCUGUAAUAUACUCUGACCCUUUGUUUUGUUUUGUUUUAUCUACAUGUAAUAUUUAGCUUACGUGUACUAGUCUAUCACCUGUGUAUUUUUAGGGUGCUACAGAAAUAAUGAAGAAAAAUACGGGGAUUAAAAAAAAAAAGAAAAUUGUAACCAAAUUCAUACUUUGUACAAUUUUUGAUAUCACGAUCAGAGGAGAAUUAAAAAAAAAAAAAA